CCCAUGUGUUGAAAUGAAAUGACGUCCAAUUCAAAGAUUGAACUGAUGAGAGUGUCUUGAGACCUCCGCCGUCAUCGAUUUCAUCGAUGAAAUAGAUACCCAUUCUUUCUUUACUUCCUUCGACUUCUUUAGUUUUAGUUCUAGUUCUGGUCUAUACCCAUUACCCAACAACAAGAUCAACCCUUCUUCUCUCUAUCUCUCUUGUCUGAUCGAUCACUCUGCUUACCAACAACAAUGGCUCAUCUUCUCAACACCGCAUUCAUACCCUCAUCUUCAUCCCUCCGCCGUCACUCACCUGCAUUCUCUUCUCCUGCAUUUCUCUCUUCCACUGUCAGAAAAGCCCCAAUUGAAUCUAAGAUCAGGGAAAUCUUCAUGCCGGCGCUAAGCUCAACCAUGACCGAGGGAAAGAUCGUUUCUUGGAUCAAAUCUGAGGGCGACAAGCUCUCCAAGGGCGAGUCUGUAGUAGUUGUCGAAUCCGACAAGGCCGACAUGGAUGUCGAGACUUUCUACGAUGGUUAUCUAGCUGCCAUCAUGGUUGAAGAAGGAGGAAUCGCCCCCGUCGGUUCAGCCAUCGCUUUCCUUGCUGAAAACGAGGACGAAAUUUCCGAAGCCAAAUCCAAGGCAUCAUCCAAUUCACCUUCUUCUUCUACCACUUCUCCUGCUCCUGCUCCUGUUCCAGCUCCAGCUCCGGCUGAAUCAUCAACCCUUUCCGCCGCAUCUCCUCCGGUUAUUAAAUCAUCUGCGGUGGUUGCUGCUUCCUCUGCCCAUCCUGCAUCGGAGGGAGGGAAAAGGAUCGUCGCUUCUCCAUACGCCAAGAAAUUAAGCAAGGAAUUGAACGUAGACUUGAGUAGCGUGAUUGGAACCGGACCUAUGGGGAGGAUUGUGGCUAAGGAUGUUGAGGCUGCAAAUGAGGAGAUCUCCAAACCGAGCUUGGUGGGUAAUGUUGCAGCAGCUAAACCUAGCGCUGGUGUUGAAUUGGGUUCGGUUGUUCCAUUUACAACGAUGCAGAAUGCUGUUAGUAGAAACAUGGUUGAGAGCCUUUCUGUCCCAACUUUCAGAGUUGGCUACACCAUAACCACAAACGCCCUUGAUGCUCUUUACAAGAAGAUCAAAUCAAAGGGAGUUACUAUGACUGCAUUGUUAGCGAAGGCGACUGCUCUUGCUUUGGUUAAGCAUCCUGUUGUGAACUCUAGCUGUAGAGAUGGGAAGAGUUUUACUUAUAAUUCUAGCAUCAACAUUGCAGUUGCAGUGGCUAUAGAUGGUGGAUUGAUUACUCCGGUCCUUCAAGAUGCAGACAAGCUUGAUAUUUAUUCCUUGUCGAGGAAAUGGAAAGAACUAGUUGACAAGGCACGGUUGAAGCAACUUCAACCUCAGGAAUACACUACAGGAACAUUUACUCUAUCCAACCUAGGAAUGUUUGGUGUUGAUCGUUUUGACGCCAUCCUCCCACCAGGAACUGGUGCGAUCAUGGCUGUUGGAGCGUCUCAACCGUCGCUAGUGGGCACAAAGGACGGGCGUAUAGGCCUAAAGAGCCAGAUGCAGGUUAAUGUCACAGCCGAUCAUCGUGUCAUAUAUGGGGCAGAUCUUGCUGGAUUCUUGCAGACAUUAUCUCAGAUAAUCGAGGAUCCAAGUGACCUUACCCUAUAAUUUUCUUCCCAUUCUAUAAAACCCUUUUGUCUCUUCGAUUUUUCUAGUUAAUCAAUCACUUUAUGCUUACAAUUGACGUAUGAAAAAUGAGGUAACAACUGAAGGAGUCGCCGAUAUUUUCCAUUAUUCAAUUUCCAUCCAUUUCUGUUGUGUUUGCUAAAUGAAUAGCUUUUCGAAGUUGGAUAUUCACAAGAAUUAUACAUGCUUUUUUUAUUGCA